GCUCCUUCUUCCGCCAAGCUUACCUAAAUUUUUUCAUUUUCUUCUUCUUCUUUUUUUUCCUCGUCAAGGAUUUUCCUUUCCGCGAAUUUUCCAUUCUCAGAAGCUCAAUCGUUGUUCAAAAUCUCUGGAAUUUUUCUCUGGAAUUUUCUCGGAGGAAAAAAUAGAGAGAAUGGAGACGCAGAGGAUAAUGGAGUUCCCGCACAAGAACAUGGACAAGCGUCCCAGGAAGAGACCUCGUUUGACUUGGGACAUGCCUCCUCCUCUUCCACCUCCCAAGGUUCUGCCGGCAAUAUACUGCGUGCAAGAGUUUGGGAAUGGAAUGUUGCCGAAUUAUGCUUAUUCAUCGAUGUUUUACAGGGAACCGCCUUGUAAUGGUUCCCCUCCUUGGCGACCUGAUGAUAAAGAUGGUCAUUACAUGUUUGCCAUUGGAGAAAAUUUAACCCCACGUUACAGGAUUCUCAGCAAAAUGGGUGAAGGGACUUUUGGGCAAGUGUUGGAAUGUCUCGACGAUGAAAAGAAGGAGGUUGUUGCCAUUAAAAUUGUUCGCUCCAUACCUAAGUAUCGUGAAGCUGCCAUGAUUGAAAUUGACGUCCUGCAGAGGCUUGCCAGACAUGAUGUUGGUGGCUCUCGUUGUGUGCAAAUACGGAAUUGGUUUGACUAUCGUAAUCAUAUUUGUAUUGUAUUUGAGAAGCUUGGACCAAGCUUAUACGAUUUUCUUCGCAAAAACAGCUAUCGUUCUUUUCCCAUUGAUCUUGUUCGGGAGCUUGCAAGGCAAAUUUUGGAGUCUGUAGCAUUUGUGCAUGAUUUAUGCCUCAUUCAUACUGAUUUGAAGCCAGAAAAUAUUCUUCUUGUUUCCUCAGAGUACAUCAAGGUGCCUGACUGCAAGUUUCUAUCAAGGUCCGCUAAAGAUGGAUCCUAUUUCAAGAGUCUGCCUAAGUCAAGCGCCAUCAAACUCAUUGAUUUUGGGAGUACAACAUAUGAACAUCAGGAUCAUAGCUAUGUAGUGUCAACGCGUCACUAUCGUGCACCUGAGGUUAUAUUGGGCGUUGGAUGGAACUAUCCUUGUGAUUUAUGGAGCGUAGGUUGCAUCCUUGUUGAACUUUGCUCUGGUGAGGCCCUUUUUCAGACGCAUGAAAACCUGGAACAUCUUGCCAUGAUGGAGAAGGUUUUGGGGCCAUUACCCCAACAUAUGGUGCUCAGAGCCGACCGCCGAGCUGAGAAAUACUUCAGGAGAGGUGCACGGUUAGAUUGGCCUGACAGUGCAACUUCAAGAGAGAGCAUGAGGGCAGUUUGGAAAUUGCCCCGUCUGCCGAACCUAAUAAUGCAGCACGUGGAUCACUCUGCCGGCGACUUGAUUGAUCUUUUGCAAGGGCUACUACGGUACGACCCGGCGGAGCGACUCAAGGCAAGGGAAGCGCUAAGACAUCCCUUUUUCACGAGAGACAUGAGAAGGGGUAGCUAACACUUUUAAUUGAGAAAUACCGACAUGAUAUGAAGUAUGUAGGUACCCGCAAAAGUGGGAUAGAUAGCGAAAAGAUGAGUGUUUCUGUUUUCACUUGCAUUUACUCAUGUAUUCCAUUCCAAAGUGUAAGAUUUCUUCGGUAUAGUAAAGGUAUAUAAGAUUUCUUCUGUAUUCCAUUCCAAGUUGUAUUAGUCAUCAUGAUUUCUUUUUCGAUUUCUGAAGUGAAAAAAAAGGAUCAUGUGUAUGGUAUAAUUUGCAAAUGUCAUACGCGCAUUAAUAUCGAUGUCUUUUGUUGAACAAUGUGGAAACCAGCCAUCUCUAAAAAUACUCCCAAGGAUGAGAACCGCAGCCUUGUGCGUUGUCUUUUGUUGUAACAUUGUUGGAAACAGUUUGUUUUAAGAAUCUAUGAGGAGAUAAGUUGAUUAUUUGCUAGGGCAAUCUGGCGUGUUGGAGUCUCAAGUUGAGAUGGCCAAAAUA